AGAAGCAAGUACCCAGUACGGUCGCUCUUGUUCAUCUUUGGAGUUGAACAUGAUUGCUCUCCAUUUUGGAGAGUUUCUGAUGUACUGUUUGAUUUGUGUUUUUCUUCCUCUUCAUAUUGCUUUGUUGGAAAUGGGUUAGAGAGUUACUGGCGGACGCAUUAAACUUUGUUUUUCUCAGUCUUAUAUAUAUAUUUUUAGGAAUAAUGGCUAGGUUGCCUGGUAGUAGUGAGAUUACAGAGUUACUAGAUGAUCCUGCAUCUAAAAUGAAUAAAGGUGCACAAAAACAUCAUAAUGUAAAGCAUAUAGAAAAGUAUUGUAUUGGAGAUGAUAUUAAUAAACUGUUUGAGGCGAUAGAGAUUAGGCAUUCCAGUAGGGGUGUCAAAGAUGUGACGAGUAAACGUGCGAUGAAGAGGCCAAUGAGAUCUAGCCCCUCUCGUGCGUCAGGCAUAGGAAUUUCUGAGCCUGUAAGUUUGAAGCAGGCCUUGAGAGGGUUAUGCAUCUCUCAGGCAUCAGAGCUGGCUGCUGUGAAGAAGCAAUUGCCAAAAGCGUCCAGGUUGUCUACAGUCUCAGAAACAGGAGCUGUGAAGAGACUGUACAGCGCUGUCAUAGUUGAGGCCAAUGAUCCUGAACAUCAUGAUGAUGGAGGUAUACAGAAUUUGGUGGAGAUAUCCCUUGUUCCGGAGAGGAGUAUGGUGGAUUCUUUGCGUAAGAGUCCUGAAUCUGAAAAUGUUCCAGUGCAAGAACAAUUCACUUAUGAAGAUGCAUUGAAACAUAAGGCAAGUGAAAUAGCAGCAGAAAGUGAUGCCCUUUAUCAGUCAACUGAUGGUUACGAGUACUUGAAAGAAGUGUCUGGCCAGAAAACGACAUUGGAGUUGCCACAUUCUUCAACUGGAAAUUGUACUGAUAAAGUGGAACUAGUACGAGAUCAGAUGGUGCCUUCUGUAAAUGAAGCUCCAGCAGCUGCAAUUGUAGCAGAGAGGGAGUACGAGCAAGAUUUAAAUUUUGUGUCUUGCUCCUCGUUUUUUGGUGCUGGAAAUAAAGUCAUUAAUCCUACCUCUAACAGUCCAAGUCUGAUAAAACCAGUUUGCAGAAGCAAAACCUUUUUUAAGAAGAAAGUUUUAUCUUCUUUCACCAGCCGUCCAAAGCAUUCUAAUGGUGGAACUGAUAGUGAUUUGUCUUGUAGCACAAGUGAGUUUCCUCAUCAGACACCUGAAUGUGCUCAGAGUAAUAAUCAGAAAGAAGAGGUAGAAGUUAGUUCAUCUUCUCUGAAGUCUGGUUUCGCCAAACUAGGUCUGAGCUCAAACAAUUGUAACAAAGCAAGAAGUAUACUAACACAAGCUGAUGAAAGAUCAAGGCCAAAGGAAAAGGGGCAGAUGUCUCAAAGUUCGAAGAGUAGUAUUGGGGAUUAUAGCAGCACCACGAGCCUUAGUGAUGAAAGCUAUCUCAGUGGGUCUAGUCGCAGUGGUUACCGGCCUCAUAUGUCAAAAGAUUUGAGAUGGGAAGCAAUUGUUUGUGUUCAAAAGCAGCAUGGAGAUAUUGGCUUUAGGCAUUUUAAACUGCUCAGAAAACUUGGAGGUGGGGAUAUUGGGAAUGUUUAUCUGUCUGAGCUAUUGGGCACAAAGUGUCUGUUUGCUGUGAAAGUCAUGGAUAACUACUUCCUGACCAGCAAGAGGAAGAUGACGAGAGCUCAGACUGAAAUAGAAAUUCUUCAAAUACUCGAUCAUCCGUUUCUCCCAACUCUCUUUGCUCAUUUUACCAAUGACAAAUACUCGUGCUUAGUGAUGGAAUAUUGUCCAGGUGGUGAUCUGCAUGUACUGCGACAAAAACAACCAAGCAAUAGUUUCUCUGAACAAGCUGCCAGAUUUUAUGUUGCUGAAGUUCUUCUUGCAUUGGAAUAUCUUCACUUGCUUGGAGUUGUCUACCGGGACUUAAAACCUGAGAAUGUGUUGGUCCGAGAAGACGGUCAUAUCAUGCUGUCUGAUUUUGAUUUAUCUCUUAGGUGUGCUGUUAAUCCUACCUUGGUGAAAUCAUCUUCUCCCAUCAUUGAGCUUCCAAAAAAGUCUAGUCCGUGCUCAGCUAGCUGCAUAGAUCCCUUCUGCCUACAUCCAUCGUGGCAAGUAUCUUGCUUUGGCCCCAGGUUUCUAUCCACAGAAGCAAAGACACGUAAAGUAAAGGCUGACCUAGCUGCACAAGUCUCACCUUUAACGCAACUUGUUGUGGAGCCAACCAACACUCGAUCCAACUCAUUUGUAGGAACCCACGAGUAUCUAGCUCCGGAGAUUAUCAAAGGUGAAGGUCAUGGCAGUGCUGUAGAUUGGUGGACCUUUGGAAUCUUUCUGUACGAGCUUAUAUACGGAAGGACUCCUUUCAAAGGGCCAGGAAAUGAGGAUACACUAGCCAAUGUGGUUUCUCAAUGUCUCAAGUUUCCAGCUAGUCCUACAGUUAGCUCUCAUGCAAGAGACUUAAUCAGAAGGUUGCUGCAGAAGGAACCUGAGAAUAGGUUAGGAGCUAUGAGAGGGGCAGCAGAGAUAAAGCAGCAUCCGUUCUUCGAGGGACUUAACUGGGCGUUAAUUCGAUGCUCAACACCUCCAGAAAUGCCUAGAUCCUAUGACUUGACAAAUGUUGCUGUCCCUGACGCCAACCGACUAAAGAAGGAACGCGACAAGUGUCAAAAUGAGUUGAAAAACAUAGGAGAGGAUAUUGAGUUUCACAUGUUUUAGAAUACACUAGAGUCUGCAGGUAUGAGAAAGGAUGGGUUUGGUUUUACAUUUUA